UCUUGUCAAGAGAUAAUUGAUCUGUGCAUGCUCACUAGCAGUUUAGGACUUGGUUCUUAUUGCCCCCUGCAGCCAUCAGCAUUUCCCGAUUGAGAUGUUUUCAGCGUGGAUCGUGUAAUCACCUGGUCGGCUGAUGAGCAUAAAACUGCUCAUCUGCAAAAUUGGCACAGUCAUUUUGAUCAUAAUUAUCUGUAAUCUAUUUGUGCGUUUGUGUUUGCAAUAUUGCAUUGUAUAACUGGCCGAUUUUGCUUUUCAUCGCUGCAGAAUUAACAAGACUUUUGACCGGAGCGACAUCCUUUCAUGAUAGAAAUACACUUUUGAUGUUCAGAUAGCCAGAGUCUAAAUUUAAAGAAACUCUUCAGUACUGUUUGGAAAUCGGGCACGUUUGGAGUCACACUUUCCUGGUAACAAUGAGGUUGAAAAGAAUUACCGUUGUCCUCUUAGCAGUGGCGUCUGGCAUCUUAACUAGUUGCUACGGUAACCAUGAACAUCACGAACGAGAUUCAGAAUCGAUGAUUCAUUGGUACGGUACGGACAUCAGACACAGGGAUGAGAGAUCAGCAGAAUCAUCAGGUGAUCUGAGAUCAUUGUGUGAGGAGCUGGGUUACUUCAUCAAGCCGGAGACUUGUAUGGUAUCUACCCGGAUGCUCUACCAUACAGCUGACGGGUCGUGUAACAAUCUCUUACAUCCAUCGUUGGGCAAGGCAGGACUACCACACAAGAGAUACCUUCCUGCAGAGUACGGAGAUGGCAUUGGUUCCUUGCAUCAAGCAGAAGGCGGCAGAACAUUACCGAGUACAAGAGAAAUCACCAACAUCGUGGUCAGGAACGACUCUGUCCUCGUCCCACGACUGACCGCCAUGACCAUGCACUUUGGACAACUUCUUGACCAUGACGUAGGCCACACACCCGUUCAUCCAAACACGUGUGGUUGCGAGACGAAAGAUAACUGCAUCCCUAUCGCGGUGCCAUCCGAUGAUCCAGCCUUCCGGACCCGCUGUCUACCUCUCUCACGCUCAAAAACAGUUCCAGGACCCGGAUGUGUGGACCAACCCAGGGAACAACUUAAUCAGAUCACAACUUUCAUCGAUGGUUCCAUUCUAUACGGAUCGUCGGCCAGUGUACAGGCUAAUCUGAGGGGUUCUGGAGGUCUCUUAAGAGCUCGUAAGAACCCUUUCGACGCAUCCCUCAAGACAUUCUUGCCAGACGAUGAAGAAAACGCCAAAUGUGAUAGCCGAGAUUCCGAGUUUCCCUGCGGUAAGGCUGGAGACAAACGUGCCGCGGUUCAGGAAGGACUAACCACACUCCAUACCAUCUUCAUGCGGUACCACAACGAAAUCGCCAAGCAGCUCUCCGCAAUGAAUCCGCACUGGGGUAACGAACGCGUCUUCCUGGAAACACGAAAGAUCGUCUCCUCAGUUUUGCAGCACAUAUCGUAUAACGAAUAUCUACCGGUCACGCUUGGCAGUGACUUAAUGAAGCGGUAUCGGUUGAGUGUGGGUAGCGGUUAUCCCUACCGCGGUUACCAGGCGAACCUCGACCCCACCAUGCCGAACGUCUUCGCUCAUGCAGCUUUCCGGAUGGGUCACAGUCAGGUCUCUUCUAACCUCACUCGGGUAGAUGUCCGCUACAGAGAGGUGUACGACCCUGUCGUACUGCGGUUAGCAUUCUUCAAUGGCAGCUCACUUCACGACGUUCUAAAUGGCGGCAUAGAUAGCAUAGUACGAGGAAUGUUGGUCCAGCCGCUCGAGAAGAUUGAUCGGUUCUUUAGUGAGGACGUCACAAGGUUCUUAUUUGCUGAUCCACUUAACAGCUUCGGACUAGAUCUGGUAGCCAUCAACACACAGCGUGGUCGAGACCAUGGGCUCCCUGGUUACACAAAAUGGCGUUCUUUCUGUGGUCUUCCGGAUGUUUCCUCUUUCGACGAACUCGGUGACGUGAUGUCACCGGAAACCAUCGACGUCUUGAAGAUAGCAUACACGCAUGUUGAUGACAUUGAUGCAUUUAUUGGGAUGGUCGUCGAAGAACCAAUAAAUGGCGCUCUCGUAGGUCAAACUGUGGGUUGUAUCUUAGGAAAGCAAUUCCACGACCUCAAGUUCGGCGAUAGAUUCUGGUACGAGAAUCCCGCUGGUGUGCAGGCUCUUAAACCGAAUCAGAGGAAUUCUAUUCGUCAGAUGACGUUUGCCAGGGUGAUUUGUGAGACCCUGGACACAAUCGACACCAUCCAACCGUUCGUCUUCCAUAGCGCCGAUAAACAACCAGGGGGGAUUGAGUCUUUCGCCGACUACAGCGCCACGCACGAGUAUCCCGACAAAAAAGGCGCCUUUCCUGAUUUCAGUAACGCACGUGUGAGCUGUAAGGACUUCAAUGUUAUCCCGCCCUUUGACUUACGCCCUUGGCUGGAUAGAAGGGACACAUAUAAGUGCGGGACUACCACUAACAAAGAGAAUAAACUGGGCGAUGACUAGAAUGUUUUGGGGAUAAGGAACAGAACAAAAUAGUCAGGUUUAUAUAUGGAUCAGCUAGUCCAAGCUAUUUUCUCCCUUACGUUAGCGAUCGCCACAUCUAAGAUUUGUAUUUACUGUAUCUAGCUGAUAGCCCUACUGGAAUUUGGAACAUUUAUCAAAAUCUUUCAGCAAAAUAAUUAAUGUUUAUGUAAUUUCGCGUUCACGAUGCCAUAAUACAUCAUAGUAUUCAGUAACUUAUAUGGGACAUACAUUGCACUUGCAUACUAGAGGACAUGGGAGGGGCGUGUCCUUCGCCGAGAACGGAAGAGAAGGAGUACAGAAUAAUGAUGUGUAAUCUUUUAUGAAUAAGUUCUCAAAUUCUAUUUUAAAAGCUUUUGCUGCAAGUAUUCAGAACUCGACUAAAGACAUAUACCUAUUUCGGAUUGCUUACAAUAAUUAGUCUCUGCUUUUUUGUCUUUCCCAGUUAGAAUCAUAAACAGACUUUGUUGGUAGUUGUUCAGUCUCUUCAGCGCCUUUGAUUAGGCAACUAGAUAUUGGCGCUUUAUAAAUACCUGGAUUGGAUUGGAUUGGAUUAUUCAGCAUUUUUCAACUAGCAGAAAUAAGUCCCCCAAAUAAUCUUGUUAAUUAGCCGAUAAAAGAAAGAAGAAAAAAGUGUGUGUGCGUGUAUGGGGUUGUGGGUGAUCGUCUUCUUUAA